CUUAAAUUUCUGAUAUCGCCAUUCACCAUCUCUUUCUCUCUUUCUCCACCGCAUCCACAAUGAGCAAGCAGACAAUAGACCAGUACCUUGUCUCUCUGGGCGGGGUUCCCGACGAGUCUGACAAAAUCGCAGAUCAAAUAGCCAAUGAUCUCCAAUCGGGAACCACACGGCUUGUCGACUUUAUCCAGAACCUCGGGCCUUAUCUCACAGACGAAGAUGUUGGUAUUCGAAUGAAGUCUCUGAACUGCGUAUCGACCGUCCUCACCAAACUUCCAACACCCCAGCUCAACUCAAGGCAGAUUACUAUGUUAUCUGCUUUCUUGAGCGAAAAGCUAGAUGACGAAGAGUGCACAAAAGAGGCCGCCGACGGUCUUUUGGCUUUGCUUUCCAUGGAACAUAUCGCUGCUUCCUCAGUGAAAGACAUGGCUUCUGCCGUGUUCUCAAAAAUCGACAUGAAGAAACAUGCCCAAGGUGUUCGUUAUCUGGUUUACCAGAUCAUUGAGAAAUUGUUCGAGAAGCACCUCACAGUCCUCAAAUCGAUGAACGACACCACUAUAGAUGGUUUCCUCCAGUUAGUAUCAGGCGAGAAGGACCCGCGAAAUCUCAUGAUUGGGUUUUCACUGUUAAAGACCCUCGCAAAGGAAUUUGAUAUUGAGAAAUCAGUAGAACCUCUCUUUGACGCGAGCUUUUGCUAUUUCCCCAUCACAUUCAGACCCCCACCCGAUGAUCCUUACGGAAUUACCUCAGAAGAUUUGAAGUUGAAGCUAAGAGAGUCUAUCGCUGCUUCGCCAUUAUUUGCUCCAUUCGCUUUCCCCAGUCUGAUUGAAAAGCUCACAUCGAGCUCACUGAGCGUCAAAAAAGAUGCAAUUCUCACAAUGUCUGCAUGUAUCGAAAGCUAUGGCACCGUCACCGUGAGCGAAUACUGGGAGAAAUUGUUCAACGCUGUCAAAUUCGAAGUCCUGCACGACGGUGAAGAGGAUGUUCCCAACCUCGUCUGCGACCUUUUGAAGGUUCUCACACGGACGCUUGCUUUUGGUCAACUACGUGUGAUUGACGACUCGCCGUUAGAUCUUUUUCUCAAAGCCGUUGUCGCGGAAUGCAAACCUCAUAUGACGAACUUGGAUUCAAGACAGGCGAAGCCUGCCAGUAAAAUUCUUUCGUCAGUUGCAGAGGCAUCGUACAUCUCUUUUGAUGCCGCAGCCGAGGGAGUCCUUGUUUCAAUCCUCAACUUGGUCGACUUUGCUUCGACAGCUACCCUAUCUGAGCAAAAGACCGCCCUCGAGUCGCUGAUGGCGUUCAUCGAAGCAUCGGGAAACCUCUACGGUUGGAGAACCGAGGCUGUUCGUACUUCGAAGCGCGAGAAUGGCUUGCUUCCGUAUAAGGACUCGUUCUUUGAAGUAUUUUGCAAAGGAUUUGUGAGCGUUCCUGCCGAGGAGGUGUCGUUCAAACUUCUUGCCCUGCAGGGGAUCGUAAGGAUGUCUCUUUUGCAUUCGUUUUUGGACGAAAGCGAGAUGGGGCUUGUUGUUCAGUAUCUGGACGAAACUGUUUUGACCCAGCAGAAUGAAUCUCUCUGUGCCGCCGCUCUUUCAUCUCUUCAAGCUCUUGGACGCGUCAAAGCCGAUCUCAUUCUCAACAUUGCCUUUCCCGCAUUCCUGUCCCAGCUUCCCGACCCUGAGUUGGGUAAUAUAGAAACUCCAACAUCGUCCACAAAGCAUUACCGAAUAAUCCUAUCUGCACUCGCAGAUCUCUGUAUCGACAAAGGAAUCUUUGACACACUCACCGUGCGGCUACUCAAUCGACUCCCGUCAGCUGCCAAGAGUGACGACAACAACGCAGAUUUCACACAGUCAAUAUUAGCCGCCAUUCUUCUAGUUCUGCAGCGGAAGAUUGGCGAGGAAGACUGGGAUUGGCUGUAUUUCUUCCAGACUCUAGUUCCUAAACUAUUCUCGGUCGUUAUCGCUGCUGCGCUCGAACUGAACACGCAGCUGCAUCCUGCGCUUUACGCGCCUGCGUCUGUGGCAAUCGCGGGAAAGAUCAUCAACUUGCUCGUGCGCUCUGUCCCUGUCGAGGCGCAGACUCUGUUCACUCAGGAGUUGUUCAAUCUGUUUGUCUCUAGCAAAGAUUCUGCGCUGAUCUCAGAGCAGUAUCGACCACAGGUGUCGAUUCUUUACAAGCCGUUGUCUUCCGACUCGACCGGGCCCGAGGGUUUAGUUGAGCUCUUCACGGCCGCGGUGGCUGGUCUCCGCCGAGAGAUUUCGCUCCCUGUUUCCAACGCACUUGAGUUUGCGGCAAAUAUCGUCACCGUGAGCGAGACGCGUAAAAACCCGCAAGAUCGUCUUGCGCUUUUGCGGUUGGUCGCUUUGAUUGUGAGCAAAUGGUUCAGCAAGGAAGAUGAUGCCGUGUUUUUGAACACAACGGUGGCGCAGUUGCGCAAGACGCUUGCCGAGUCGGAGGAUUUACAAGAGCGGAUUAUUAGUCUCGAGCAAAUUUCAUGGAUCGUGAAGGCGUAUGUGUUUAAGAGCAAUCGGCAGUCGUUUGAGACGAUCGAGCAAGUGAUUGGCCUGCUGCGCGAUGCAGAGAUGGGACCGUACGCUUGCAAAGCUUGCGGGAUUAUGAUCUCCGACGACGAGAUCGUCGACAAGGCAAACUACGUCGUCGUGCGACUAUUGGCUAAGCAGAGCUACUUCAGUUUCUGCGUAGUGAAGAUCGUCGACGGCUUCAGCUCGAGUGUAGACACGGCGUCUAAGCGGCACUAUCUUGUUGCGCUGUCGACUAUUCUGCAGCAUAUGCCAGGCAAGAUUGUGCUGCCGCAGCUGCAGACUUUCCUCCCGCUCUUGCUGCAGUCGCUAUCAGUUGACGACGCACAGGUCAAACUCGCGUCGAUCGACACCAUCAGCGCGACGAUGGCGGACGCGUCCGCGACAAUGACGGAGCACUUGUCGACAAUAAUUCCCCGGCUCCUACAAGCCACCGUUCCCAAGCCUUCGAACCCUGCGAACGUGCGCGCCGCGGCUCUGAGCGCGCUCGCGAGCUUUACAAAGACGAUAGCGGCGGACUCGCUGCGUCCUUUCCGGGCGGAGAUUAUUCGCAAGUUGCUGCCCGUGCUGGAUGAUGCUAGGCGGGAUGUGCGCAAGGCGGCUGUGGACUGUCGACAGGCUUAUUUUGCGAUGGAGGCGUGAGUUGGAGAAGGGGUUUUGCAUGGUGUAUAUAACGCUG